AUGUGUGGUAGGUUUGCUUUAUCGGUGGAAUUGGUUGAUUUACCAGAGGAAUUCAUGGAGACUGCAAUUGCUCACUUUGAUUUAUCUGAAGGAAGUGAGGGGAGUUCCAGUGAAGACAGUAGCGCUGCAAGCACAGAUUCUUCGGGCCCAACACUUCAUAGUAUUGGACCAAACCAUUAUGUUUCCACUGUUGCAUUAAAUUCUGCUUCUCCAGAAGCCAACGAGGACAGAUCUGCCUCAGUUGAUUACUUUUCAAAGGAAGAUUUUAAGUCCAUAGUCGAGAUAUUGGUUAAAUACCCCCAACCAAAUCGUGUCUUUAGGCCGUCGUACAAUAUUCCUCCAACCAGAAGUUCAGUUAUCAUAUUCCAAAGUAAUACUGAUAAGGCUUCCCCUACAGUAGAUUACAAAUAUGUAAUAGAAUCACUGUCGUUUGGGUUAGUGCCGUCAUGGGCCAAACCAAAGGACCCAGAGCCUGUGCAACGAAAUGGGAACCCGGGUCCUCCAUACUCUAAAGAAAUUCAAAGAUUUCAGGGUAGGCAAUUUAACUGCAGAAAAGAAUCCAUGGGAAAGGGAAACGCCUUGCCUACCUGGAAUAGCCAUAAGAAGAAAACAAGGUGUGUAGUACCUAUUCAAGGAUAUUUUGAGUGGUUAAGACUUCCUAGGGACGAAAACAUUCCAUAUUAUAUACAUUCAACCAGUUCAUCUCUUAUUUACCUAGCAGGGUUAUACUCACAUAACUACAACUAUAAGAUGGAUGAAAGUGAUGAGUAUUUCUCGUCAUUUGCUAUAGUUACUGGCCCUACGAAUAAAAGAGAAGAUUUAAAGGAUUUGUCGUGGUUACAUUCCAGAAAACCGAUCAUGUUGAUACCUGGCUCGAAGGAAUGGUUUGAAUGGUUGAAUCCAGAGAGGGAUUGGGAUGAUCUGUUGAUGGACACCGUCUUAGACACUAAGAAGAAUAAAGCAUAUAAGGAUAUAGAUGCAUACAUUGUUGGGAAAGCCGUUGGAAAGAUAGGGUCCCAUGGCCCAGAAUUGAUAGAGAGGAAAAGGGGGCCAUCGGUGAGCCCACAGAAGCCUAUCACUCUGUUUUUCCAGCGCAAAAAACCUGCCGAUAGUGCUGAAGAUGGAGGCAGUCCCAAGAAGAGAAUAAAGGUAGAAAAUAGGGAAGCGGAAAGUAAAGGUGAUAUACUUUCAGCUAUGACAAAGUCCCAGAAAAAGGCACCUGAAAACGUCAAGGGAGUACUUGGAUCCGAAAGUUACCUUGAUGUGAAAAAAGAAGAGGAAGGAGAUGAAUCAGGAAUUGAAGAAUAA